CACAGCUCAACAAACCUCUGCUUCUCGGGAUUCCACUGUUCCCUCCCUGUUGUCGUUUACAACAACAAAUCUGACUUUGUGUCUUAAGCAUUUAACAGCAUGUGUAAAGGACUUGCAACACUUCCUGCAACAUGCUUGAAAAGUGCCAAAGACAUCAAGCACAAAAUAAGCUUCUUACUCCAAAAGCCUGAACCCCAAGCAGCGGAUCAGAAGCAGACGAAAGAGAAAACUGUCGCUGCCGCAGUGGCUGUGAAAAGGGUACCUACUGCAGCUGAGGUGGAGAAAUGGAAGGAGUCUUUCAGCCACGUGAUGAGCAGUGAAAUGGGUCGUACAGUCUUCGCCAGCUUCCUGAAGUCAGAAUUCAGCGAAGAGAACAUGGACUUUUGGGUAGCCUGCGAAGACUAUAAGAAGACUGCAUCUUCCAAGUUGCAGAUCAGAGCCAAGCAGAUCUACCAGCAAUAUGUAGAGGCAGAUGCUCCCAAUGAGGUAAACUUGGAUGCAGUGACCAGAGAAGAAACAAGGCAGAAUGUCGAGAACGCCUGCCAGUCUUGUUUUAAUGAAGCUCAGAAGAUGAUCUUCACCUUGAUGGAGAAAGACUCCUACAGGCGCUUCCUCAACUCCAAACUGAUCCAGGAUCUGGGUCAGACACAGACCACCGCUGCUCAGGAGAAGAAAGAGAAGAAAAACUGUGACUGUGCCGAGAACAGGCAGGCGUUAACUGGAGGUGCCUGAAUGGCAAGCAAACAGGGAAGACUAGAAGGUGACAAAGACUGAAAAUGUAUGUGAAGGAAGACACAAAUAAAGUAAAGACUAGAAAACCAGUGAAUUAGAAGGUUAAUGUGAUGUAGUAAAGAUUUGUCUUUCUUUUUUUUUUUACUUAACAUUAAUCCCUGGAAGUCUUUGGUAGUCAUUUAAGGGUUUGAAUUGGCUACUGUAUAUCUGUAUGUGCAUUAACCAGAAAAAUAUUUGAAUAUUUGAAAAGAUUUGUGACAGUUGAUGGUGAAAUAUUCAAAUAUUUCACCACAAAUUUUUUCCCUUCCCAAAGGUUGAUGGUAACUGAUUCAUUAUUUCAAUAUUUCAACACUAUAUAAAUACAGAUAAUGCUUAAAUGUUUGCAUUAUGAAGCUUAGCUUUUUCUUAUGGUUUCACUGCAAAACAUAACCUGCUCUCCAAGUCAUGGCCGGUUUCUAUUCAUUCUCACACCAGAUAAAGUCUAACAUGUAAAGCUACUUUCACCAAACAGACACACCUUCAAACAACCUUACUGCUAGUGCAGCAUGUUGUCAGUGGAAUAGCGUGAAAGUUUUGAUCUAUUUAGGUAAUAAUGUACACUUGUUGUAUCUUUAAAGUAAUAUAUCAAGUUCUUUCUAAGAAGGACUAAACUUAACGAAGUGAUGAGAACACAGACACCAAAAUCAUACGUUGAGUGAUAAAAGCAAAUAUGACUAACCUAUCAGUAUUACAAACAUCAGUGUUUAAUUAUGAUAAUGACCAUUAACCCAGUACAGGUGAUGUGGGCAUAUUUAAUUUUUGGGUAUAGAUGAAAUGAAUCAUCUUACUCAUCUGCUUUGUAGUGGGGUUUGACUUUAGGUAGACCCAAUUAUUUUCCAUCAUAUUGACUUGGGCACAUAAAUGUUACGGAUCAGCAGCUACUGCUUCACGUUUUACUCAGUACCUAUAUACCACAUGUUCAUACAACAACAGAUGGAUUAUAUUGAUGCCUAUGUUCUCAUUACUGGAAAUUGUCUGCGUCUAGUGGGAAUUUUUAAAAUGCUUUAAUAUUGCAGUAUUGAUUUUCUGUUGCGUGUAAUUCAGUUAACAAACAGUCCUGGUGAAAAGGUCAAACUGUGACUCAUUAGAUCGUUUCUAAAGAGUUUUCCUGUAAGUCAAACUGUUUUGUUCAGAUGUUUAAUACCGUGAUUUGUACAUGGUACUUAAUAGUAUGUUUAACUAUAAUGUUACAUGUCACUUUAAUUGAAUGGAUUUUGGUGGCCUUUCUCACCAAAAUGUUUCAUCAACAUACUGUGAUGGUCUGAUCAAUGGAAAACUAGAUACUGUAUGUAAAUAUUUAUUAAAUGAUGCCAUUGUCCUAUUUAUAUCAUAUCUGUGGCUAUUUACAAAUAAAAUGUGCUGAUAGUCA